GUGCGCUGUUUCCCUCAGACACAGUGGAUCACCGAUCGCAGAAAGAGCCGAAGAUGUCAGCUCGGUCAUGUGAUCAGCUGUGUCCAAUCACAGCUGAUCACAUGGGACAUGUACACUGAUCAUCAGGGCACUGAUGAUCAGUGUGCCCUGAUGAUCAGUGUAGCCCCAGUAGUGCCACCUGUCAGUGUCCAUCAGUGCCUUAUGUCAGUGCUCAUCAGUGCCUCGUGCCAGUGCCCAUCAGUGCUACAUAAGUGCCACAUAUCAGAGCCUACCAGUGCACAUCAAUGCUACAUAUCAGUGCCCAUCUGAGCUGCCUUUCAGUGUCACCCAUCAGUGCCAGUCAAUGCCACCUAUCAAUGCCAAUUAGUGCAACCUAUCAGUGCUGCCAAUCAGUGCCACCUAUCAGUGCCAGUCAGCCACCUAUCAGUGCCAGUCAGUGCUGCCUAUCAGUGCCGCCUAUCAGUGCCCUGUCAGUGCCGCCUAACAGUG